GGCAGAAAUCUGUUUUGUUGUCAGAUGCUGAGAUGCACACAGAUUUUGUUUUAGGGGUUUAGAAAGUAGGAAGUGUUUUCGUGUGAUGGAACUGGAAGCUUGCAGUCCGUGUUGAUUUAUGUAUCAUAACAUUUUUCAACUUUUCCUGGUUAAAGAGUCCUUGAAAUCCGCGGAGUUGCUGUGCAGAAAUUUGCUGCUUUGCUAAUAUGGGGAAUUAUCGCAGCAUAAAACUUUGCGAGGAUGAUCCCGAUUUGUUCGACGAGGAAACUUCGGAAAUAACGACAUCAAGUGGCCUUAUUGAUUUCACUCUACAUCGCAUUGUUGCGCAUCCUUUCGUCAUACUGCGCCGCCAGUGUCAAGUAAACGCGUGGAGUAGGAAGACACACAUUUUGCCGCUGUCCCUGGUUCCUGUUGUUUACCGUCUUGUAGACAAGCAUAAAAUCGAAGCUCUGAUCAAAGGUAUCCAUGGAGUGCUGAUCUUCGAUCUGGGUGUUUUCGUUUGUGAUGGGUUAAUCUCGGUUUAUUCCGGCCUUCCCAGUUUUGCAUUUCACCAUCAAGAGUGGAACAUCAAGAUACAGUAUUAUGCAGCGAAAUUUCUGGGGGCUUGCCUUGUGGGGCCGGCUUACGCGGCCGUGGUGCAAGCAACGGUUCAGGCGACACAAAAUACGGCUCAUCGCAAUGCACUGGAUUUUCUCAAGCUGGUGGGAAUGCGUUAUUCAGUUUGGCAUAUUCCCGGAAGUGGACAUCCUUUGCGCAGAGUGAUGCCCGUUUGGAUUGUUGGUCCGCUGUAUGGCUGUUAUUUCAUGGCCAAAUUGCUAAUUGCCUCAACAUGUCAAUGGAGAUUGUUUAUCUGGCUGAAGCAUCGCAAAGAUCCCCGGCGGCAUCUGCCUGAUAUUGCCGAUCACCAGCGAAAUGAGAUUAGCAUGUAUCUGCCUAGCAAAUCGAAGAAUCCCUCCACUAAAGGAACCCUUGGAAAUCUGCUGCAGCGUUAUGAAGCUCGAGCGGUAGCUUUAAUAUUUGCGGAUGUUCUUCUUUACCCAGUGGAAACCGUGCUAAAUAGGUUGUGCAUACAGGGCACGAAAGUGGCGGUUGACAAUCUCGAUACCGGUAUUGAUGCCAUCCCCACUGUCUUUUCGUAUCGCAGUCCCCUACAGUGUGCUACCAACAUCCUACGAACAUCGGGAAUGACUGGAUUUUACAAAGGAAUCGGGGUACUCUUCUUGCAGGCCACCUUGUACGCGGUACUGUUUGGAGGAGCUAAUUUCCUGAUUACGUACUUCGAUGCCGAAAACAAAAAAAUUGCGGAAAAGGAGGAGUAGAAUAACCGAAUUACUGAGCAGACAAGUGAAACGAGGUCUGUUUGAUAAUAAUUAUAAAUUAUCACGACUUACUGCUUCGGUGUCCAGGAUGUGAUGAUACAGUUCGCCAAUGGAAACGUGCUGUUGAUAUAACUUUCGGAAAACUUGAUGUUUCACCGACAAGUCGGCAGAGUUGUGAUGAUGUGGUUUCAAAGUUCAUUUUAUUUAUUACCAGUUGCAUUCGGACAAUGCUUUAAAUAGUUAUGUUGCCGUUGAUAAAUUUCCUGUUUGAUCCUGUUGUUUGAUUCAAAACAAAUUGAGAAGACGAGUGUUGUUUUGG